AUAUAUAUCUCUUCCUUGUUGCCAUGCCACUCUUUUGCCAUGGACAUGCGCACCACAGGUUCUCCAGUGCAUUCCGGCUCUGGAAACCUCUCGCAAGAGAGGAGUCUUGGAAUUGGCCACCAGACUGGCAGUGCCACCCGCGCUGGAGCGAAAGAUCCAUUGCCUAGACCCUUGAAAGGUGUGAGGCCUGGCUUCGUCAUUCCGGACGAAAGCCGUUUCAAUGCUUGGGCUACCACCAUAAGGAACUGCUACGUUGAAGAAGGUUUUCCUGAAGAAGUUCACUUAAACUUUAGAACGUCUCGAAAACUUUCGCCAAGUCCAAUCACUUGGUGCUCGGUGACAAAGAUGUGGCACUGCCAAGUGGGAGCAGAGCUUGUGGUAUCAUUGACUCCAACACCACGAGAGCUUAACACUGGAAGUUUUACCUUAUCCCUUUCAAGUGCAGCGGAUGGCGGGACUUCAGGUCAAGAAUCACAACUCAAUCUGCAAAAAGACUCGGACUCGGAUGUUUCUUCUUGCACGUGGACUGCACGAUGGACUGGCCAGCUCGACUUUCAUGCUCGCUGGGUGGACGGAUCACCCGAACGAGGGCGAGCAUCGUUGGGGACGAAGCGAAACACACGAGUCUUUGCCAAAGCUGCCCGUCUUUGCGUGCAUCCCAAAUGGCACGAGGCCGAGGCUUCCUUCUGCGAAUUGCGGAUCGAGAGCACCGGGCACACCGAAGCGGAGGAAGUUGGGGAAUCGAGAGCAAGAGGGAGCAGGGCUUGGUGGGUACUUUGUCAGCUUCAGCUUCGCAGUUCUGUAUCCAUUCUGCGGUGCCCCAGCUCGGUGGAAGCCACGGAGGUCACAGGGCCAAGCUUCGAUGGGGUUGGACCUGACACCAGUCGCUGGAAGGUGUCAGUCUCUGGUCUUGAAGUGGUGUCCCUCAAGAGUGUGGUGGAUAUCAACAGAGGGAUCAUCAGCUUCCGUGUGCAAGUGCAAGCUCUGCCGGCUUCAGCCGCUGAAGCGGCUCAGACCCCGACCGCAUUUCUCACCAUCAUGGAGAGAUCCAGCUGUCUUCAUGUGAAGUCUUGUCCAAGUCCCAUUCCCACACUCCCAGCACCUCCCGAGCUUCAGCUGAGCCGGACCUCCCGGUACCCGGCGGGCUCGCCGGCUGAGCCGGUCACCCCAGCCCGGACGCUGCGACCGUUGCGCAGGUGCUUGGGAGAGCAGGAAGAUGUUGGAGGCCAGAGACUUGAGAGCCCCAAACAGCGUCAGAUCCGAGCUCCAGCCAUGGGUCCGCUUCAGAGCCUCAUGUCCCGUCCGGACGAUGAGGCGAAGAAAGAGCAGGGCAGUGCGUCGUCAAGUCCGUCGAGUUCAAGGAAGAUACAGGAAAGAGGUCUCCUUGGACUAGACGAAGGAAAGCCCAGUGAUGGGAAAACUCGAGAAACUACCCAGCUGGCGAAGAGUGGAAUUCCAAAAGAUGAUGUGCCUGAGUCACUGGCGGCCCAACUUAAGCCACUCUCAGCUUGGCCAGAGCAAGUCGAGAAAACUAGUUCCCCCAAGCCUUGGCUGGAACAACAUCACACCGACCUGUCUGCAAGGAGAUACAUGCCUACAGAGCUCUUGCGCCAUAGUGGCUGGAGCAAGAAGAAGAAAUCCAAGAGCAAGAGCCCAAAGAAGAACAGAGAUCGUGCCGAGGCAAGAUCAUGCUGGUAAUUAUAUACAACAGUCAUCAUAGUCAUCUACACUCUCUGGAACUGACAUGGAAGUGGACAAAGGCCC